AUGGAUUUAUCAAUCUUGUGGUUAGUUUUAGCGUUUUACACGCGUGAACAUUCAGCAUCUUCAUUUGCACGUGUGCUUCGAGUCUCAACGGAGGAGUACGCCAAUAACAUACUUACAACUUACGACAAUAAAACAAACUAUGUGGACUGUGCCAAGGUCUGUAAAACAGACUGUGUGUCCUUCACCUUUGACCCCCAGACCAAGGAAUGCAAAACGUUCGCCAAGAUGUUUUGUCAAAAUGACACCGCAUCAAAGUCAACGAAAGCUAUGAUGUUUGCGAAGAUGGAUAGGGAGUUACAUAGUAAUCCCGCUGAUUGUAGUGAGGUUAACCCAGCUGUCUACUGCUCAGGUAUUUACCGAGUUACACCUACACCGGGAGUCAGCUUCGACGUGUACUGCGAGAUGGACACAGCAAACGGACCCUGGACGGUGAUACAAAACAGACGAGAUGGCGAGGAGGAAUUCUACAGACCUUGGGCUGACUACAAACAAGGCUUUGGUGACCUCCGUGGAAACUUUUGGCUUGGAAAUGACGCAAUUCACCACCUCACCUCCACAGAGUCUAUUCUCCGUAUUGAAUUGGUCACAUGGCUAGGUGAUGCUGCGUAUGCCCAGUAUUCCACGUUCAGAGUUGAAAACGAGACCGAAAGUUACAGACUGAUUAUAUCCGGGUUCUCCGGUAACGUCACACAGGACAAUAUGGCCAUUCACAAUGGAAUGUCUUUCUCGACAUUUGACAGGGAUAACGAUCGCUAUUCUCAGAGCUGUGCUAUGGGUAGUAAAGGCGGAUGGUGGUAUAACAGUUGUUACGACGCAAAUCUAAACGGCGCUGAAUACAUGUCAGGCGACGGUAACGUGAAAUCGCUGGUCUGGGAUAACUUUUACCCAGAUAUAGCUUACCCUCAUAUGAUGACGACAAGAAUGCUUUUAAAGUAUUUGUAGUAUUAACUGAAUGUGAACAUUUUAUUAUUAUUAAAGGUUCUUUGCAUUACUGUGUUUCAAUAAGCCUUAAUUAACUAAUCCACGUAUGGAUACGAAUGAUCUUCGUAACCUGAUUUGUACAAUGUACAUGUACACUGUCAUGUUUUGCAUGCUUUUCGCUCCUUAAACAGACUU